CCCUCAGAAGACACACACAGGAGGAACAAGAGCAUUUACUUCAUGGCAACAAUAGUCGUCAAGUGUUUUGUGUUGUUUCAGGCUUUUCGAAAACAAUAACUGAGACAAAGAAUGGUGCUGUUUCAGUCAGUUAGGACUUAAAGUGGAGGAUUUAUCUGUUUUGGUUGAUGAUAAGCUGAUGAUUAUGUCGCUCCCGGAGGAGGAUCUGACAUGCCCGGUGUGCUGCGACAUCUUCACAGACCCUGUUCUGUUGUCGUGCAGCCACAGCUUCUGCAGAACCUGCCUGAAGCGCUGCUGGGACACGGGGAUACGAGAGUGUCCGGUGUGCAGGAAAAAAGCCUCCAAGUCAAACCCUCUGUCCAAUCUGGCUCUGAAAAAUGUCUGCGAGGCGGUGGUGGAGGCCAAGAGGAACUCUGUGGUGGUGUUGGAGCAGCAGAUGAACUGUAGUCUGCAUGGGGAGAAGCUGAAGCUCUUCUGUGUAGUGGAUAAAUGGCCCAUAUGUGUGGUGUGUCAGACGUCCAAACUGCACAAGAGCCAUGAGUGUUCACCUGUGGAAGAGGCAGCGCUGGACUGUAAAGAUGAACUUUCUUUAUGCCUUAGAAGUUUACAAGACAAACUGGAAAAGCUCAAAAGAAUUCACCGGACGUCUGCAGACAUGUUCAUGUACAUUAAGAAUCAGGCCACAGAGACACAGAGGCUGAUCAAGAGUCAGUUUGAGCAGCUGCAUAAAGUCCUGUAUGAAGAAGAGUCGACCAGAUUAGCAGCUGUGAAAAAAGAAGAACAAGGGAAAAUCGCCAGAAUGAAGGAUAAGUUUAAGGAGCUUUCAGCUGAGGUGUCGUCCAUCGCGGAGACCAUCGCAGUCAUACAGACGGAGCUGAAGGAAGACGACAUGGUUCUGCUGAAGAAUUUUAAAGACACUCAUGACAGGAGCAAAAGCCUAACGCUGGGUUCAGACGACAUGUCAGGCGUUCUGAUCGAUGUGACUGAACAUCUCUGUAACCUUAAGUACAGAAUCUGGGAGAAAAUGCUGGAACACAUUGACUACAGUCCGGUCACUCUGGAUCCAAACACCGCACACCCCUGCCUCAUCCUGUCUGAUGACCUCACUUCCCUCCAUUACUCCAAGCAGCCCGGCUGUUGCCCUGACAACCCGGAGCGUUUCCACAUGAGUGCUGAAGUGGUAGGCAUGACCUCGCUGGGCUCAGGAAGUCACCGCUGGGUUGUGGAUACGGGAAGUAAUCAGGAUUGGCUCCUGGGCGUGGCCUCCACGUCUGUCCCCAGGAAUGCCGAGGUCUCUGCCCGGCCGGAGAACGGAUUCUGGACUCUGCGUUUCCGGGAUGGAGAGUUCAUGGCAAUGACCUCACCCCCCUCCCUGCUGACGGUUUCCAGAACACCCAAACAGGUCAAAGUGCAACUGGAUUACAACAAAGGGAUGGUGUCGUUUCUGGACCCUGCUGAUGACACACUUAUUUAUACAUUUGAGCAGACGUUCACAGAAACAUUACUUCCAUACUUCUACACACAGAGCAGUCAUCCACUGAGAAUAAUGCCAGAGAAGGUACUGGUCACAAUGUUACGGCAAUAAGCACACAAUGAAGGACGUGGAAAGAACAUAUUACUCCUGUUGAAAUGGAUGAAAAUAACAACAACAACAACAACAACGAUGAUGAUAAUAAUAAUAAUAAUGAUGAUGAUGAUGAUGAUGAUGCUGAUACUUCAAUAAGCAGAUGAUGAAGGACGUGGAAAGAACUCAAUAACUUACUCCUCUUGAAAUGGAUGAAAAUAAUAACAGCAACAACAACGAUAAUGAUAAUAAUAAUAAUGAUGAUGAUGAUGAUGAUGAAGAUUUUGAUACUUCAAUAAGCAGAUAAUGAUGGGCAUAGAAAUAGCAUAUUACUAAUAAUUAUUAAUCAAUAAGAACAACAACAACGAUGAUAAUAAUAACAAUAAUGAUGUUGAUGAUGAUGAUGAUAAUGAUAAUCGUAAUGAUGAUGAUGAUGAUGAUGAUGAUGAUAAUAAUUAUAAUGAUGAUGUUGAUACGUCAAUAAGCAGAUGAUGGACACGAAAAUAACAUCUUACUCCUUUUGAAACAGAUGAAAAUAAUAACAACAACAACGAUGAUGAUGAUGAUGAAGAUGAUAAUAAUGAUGAUAAUAAUGAUGAUGACACAUCAAUAAGCAGAUGAUGACAGACAUGAAAAUAACAUAUUGCUCCUGCUGAAAUGGAUGAAAAUAAUAAUAAUAAUAAUAAUAAUAAUAAUAAUAAUAAUAAUAAUAAUAAUAAUAAUAAUAAUAAUAAUAAUAAUGAUGAUGAUGAUGACACAUCAACAAGCAGAUGAUGACAGACAUGAAAAUAACAUAUUACUCCUGUUGAAAUGGAUGAAAAUAACAACAACAACAACAACAACAACAACAAUAAUAAUAAUAAUAAUAAUAAUAAUAAUAAUAAUAAUAAUAAUAAUAAUAAUGAUGAUGAUGAUGAUGAUGAUGAUGAUGAUGAUGAUGAUGAUGAUGAUGAUGAUAUGUCAAUAAGUAGAUGAUGGACAUGAAAAGAACAUUUUACCCCUGUUGAAAUGGAUGAAAAAAUAAAAAAAAGAAAAGAAUAAUUUAAAUGGUCACAUCUAGGGAUGUUGGGAUGUCUGACAUGACAAAAAAAAAAAAAUCUGUCUAAGACCCAACAGAGUCUUAAAAAAUACUCUAUAGAUACUCAGUGAAUUUAGCUUCGGGUUCAUGAAGGAUUUCUAAUUAUUUCGGUGUAUAGAAGUCAUACUAUUUAUAUUAAAUAUGUAAAGGCAAUGAGCAUUUGGUGGCAGUGUUAUAAUAAUCAAUAUUAAAAUUCCUAUGGAUGUGCGUUGUCUACAUUUUAUUUGCAUUUAAAAAGCUGUUUAUUGACUUAAUUAAAUGGAGUUUCCAGCAUCAAAAUUUACCCACUCACACAAAAAAUAAGCAUUUAAUCAUGGUGAUGAUUUUCAGUCAAAUAAACCAAUCUAUUUUUCCAUUUGUUUCCAUAUUUGUCUUGUAAACCAACAUGUAUCACCAACACUUCAUGGUUUUUUUAAUUUUAUUUUUUAUUUUAUUUGUCUGUUUUGACACAUGAUGGCGCCAAACUCAAGCAAAUGUUUGUGCGUGGUUCAGAACAGAAAACUACAUGAAUCCUAAGAUAUUUAUGCAUUUAUCAACACCUUAAAUAAGAAUUAGGAGCUUUUUCUUGUUAUUUCUGUAUGAAAAGACCAGACAAGGUUUAUUUAUAUUGCACAUUAUUGCCUAAAGCACUGAGGGAACAGCAGCUACAGCCAUUUGAAUAAUGUAACACAAUAGAAACACACUUAGAACAGAAUAAACCAAUAAAUAAAGACAAAUAAAACCAUUUGAAGACAUCAUAAUGAAGUUAAGUGCUAUGAAACUGUUACAAAAUAACACUUUUAGCCAUUACAUUUCCCUAAAAAGUAU